AUGCGGGCCCCUUGCGUGAAGACGUUUUCGUUGUGGGAUUACGGAUGCUAUCAGAUGCGGGCGGCAUUCGACCGCGGCGAGUACGCCGACUUGGCCAUCCUCGUGACUCGGAUCGACGCCCACGCGCUGAAACUGAAGAAGGUGAUGACUCACCGGGCGGUGGUGGCGGCGUGGAGCCCCGUUUUGAGGGAGUUGGUGGAUGGCGCAGUGGCCAACGGCCAACCGAGCUGGAUACGGCUGGUGGACGUUCCCGACUUCGGAGCGCUCCAGUUGAUUUUGGCCGCGUUCUACACGCGGCGCCUCGUGCUGUCGGCUGGCAACGUGUGGGAGACGAGGGAAGUGGCCGCCUAUCUUGCCGUGGAGCCGAUCGUCAACAUUUGCGACAUGUUCUUGAAGCGGCACGCCAGCGCACGCAACUGCGUGAAGUGGCUCCAGCACGCGCAGAAAUUCGGCAACAGGGAGCUUGAAGAAGACCUGCAGCGUAUCAUCAUCCGAUCCUUCAACGCCAUUAAGGACACCGAGGCCUUCCUCCGGCUGGACAGCGUCACCCUUCUCGCACUCCUGGAGUCGCACGAGCUGCGCUGCACCGCUGCAUCUGAGCUGUCUGUGCUCAAGGCGGCCAUGCGUUGGGUGGAACACCACGCCUGGCGUCGCCACCUGCUGCCCAAUGUCCUGUCGCGGAUUCGCUUCAACCUGUUGGAGGAGGAGGAUAGGUCCAGGCUUGCGAGCGGGGAGCACGGCUUCCAGGCGUUGCUGGGGGAGGAGCAGAGGGCGGUAUUGGCCGCGAAGAUGGAACAAGCGCUGGAGGGCAUCCCCAGGAGGGGCGCCAUUAGGCGGGGCGUGCAAAUCAACACACCCCUCGGCGACAUUGUUCAAGGCGGGUGGAAGCUUGUGUACGCGCAGCCGUACAGCGCCCGCACAUUGUCGGGCGAUCUGGAGGGCUGCAAGGGCGACUUCCUGUUGGUGGGGGCGUGCCGCAAACAGGAGCUGAUGCUGCCCGUUUGCGCAAUGGGCCGGAGGGACUCCGUACUUCGGGUGGUGGGCCCCCAGCAGAUCACUUUUGAGAAUGGUGUUUACUGGUACAACAGGCCUGGGGCGGCCUUUGGAUUUGGAACCACUCCGUACAUUGGCGCUGGAGGGGAGGGAAACAAUGAGGGGGAUCAGAACAAGCGCUUGAGCUGGCGUUUGCAUCAGGACGAGGACGGCGACGGUGGAGAACCUGGGUCAGAUCCUGCUUUGUCGCCGGCGUUGGAGUCUUCAAGGGCCGGGGAAGCCAAGGAUCUGGACGAGUCCACGAAAUGGAUGAAGGUCAUUUUCAGCCUUUGUGUACGUGCUUUGUAG